CUUGUGGGAAUGCAAGAUGGCGACGAUCAGCGGCGUCCGGGCAGUUGCCGGAGCUCUUCUGCGCGCCCAGGGCCGCGGGGCCUGGAGGACCCUCAGCGCCGCCUCCGCCGCCCCCCAGCAGACACUGCGAAGCCAGACAGAGAAACAUGAAGGGAUGUUCAAGGUCACCAUGCUGCCUGGAGAUGGGGUUGGCCCGGAGCUCAUGCAUUCUGUCAAAGAGGUGUUCAAGGCUGCUGGUGUCCCUGUGGAGUUUGACGAGCACCACCUGAGCGAAGUGCAGAACAUGGCGUCAGAGGACAAACUGGAUGAGGUUGUCGACUCUAUGAAGCAGAGUAAAGUGGCCAUUAUAGGAAAGAUCCACACUCCCAUGGAGUACAAAGGAGAACUGGCUUCCUAUGACAUGAGGCUCAGGCGCAAGUUAGACCUGUUCGCCAAUGUUGUCCAUGUGAACAGUUUACCUGGUUUUAAAACACGGCACAACAACUUGGAUCUUGUGAUCAUCCGGGAGCAGACGGAGGGGGAGUACAGCUCUCUGGAACAUGAGAGCGUGAAGGGAGUCAUUGAGUGUCUGAAGAUCAUCACCCGGGACAAGUCACAGCGCAUCGCCAAAUUCGCCUUUGACUACGCCACCAAGAAAGGGCGUUCAAAGGUCACAGCAGUGCACAAAGCCAACAUCAUGAAGCUGGGGGAUGGGCUCUUCCUCCAGUGCUGUGAAGAGGUGGCAGAAUUGUAUCCCAAGAUCAAAUUCGACACCAUGAUAAUUGACAAUUGCUGUAUGCAGCUGGUGCAGAACCCCCACCAGUUCGAUGUCCUGGUCAUGCCAAACCUGUAUGGAAACAUCAUCGAUAACCUGGCUGCUGGCUUGGUGGGUGGCGCCGGCGUGGUUCCCGGGGAGAGUUACAGUGCCGAGUAUGCGGUGUUUGAGAUGGGUGCUCGCCAUCCCUUUGCCCAGGCCGUGGGCAGGAACAUUGCCAAUCCCACGGCCAUGCUGCUCUCCGCUGCCAACAUGCUGCGGCAUCUCAACUUGGAAUAUCACUCCAAUGUGAUCUCCGAUGCGGUGAAGAGGGUGAUUAAAGUCGGUAAAGUUCGGACGCGGGACAUGGGCGGUUACUCCACCACCUCGGACUUCAUCAAGUCUGUGAUUGACAACCUGCACCCACACUAUGGUGUCUAGGUCCCCACCUGAGUGUGGGAGUUCCUUGGACUUCACUCUGAUCUCCGGCACCCAUUUCUAGUGUACAGACCGAAUGGACCUUUCUCGCCCUGCUCCCACCCCUAGGGGCGAACCUGUAUCAUGUCCCCCACUCUUGGGCUGCUGGAGCCAGCCCGCCUGAAACCGCAACCCGAAGGGGGAAGGGACUCGCUUCUCCCCCAGCCCAGUUAUCAGUUACCAACCUCAGUCAUGGUCAGAUGGUCACCACAAAGAGACGUGGUCUGAGUGCAGGAUUGGGAGCCUGGGGUCUGAUCCUGGCUCUCCCACUGGUUCAUUGUGCAGCCUGGGGCGAGCCAGUUCACCUCUCUGUGGAGUAGGGAUAGUGCUCACCGCCCUACACUGCACGGGAGUUCAGGGUCAGCUAGGUCACCUUUGUACAGUGCUUUGAAGCUGAGAGGGGACAGCCUAAAUAUUCCACUGCUGCUCCAGCUAAGGCCCCCCUGCAGUGUGGCUGACCAGGGCUGUCACGUCCACGUGCUCUCGUCCCUGAUUGCUGCUGCAGGACCAUCUGCCUACUCCAGAGGGGCUUCGCCGUAGCUUGGGACCAUCCAGGGUGGAGACCCCUGUCCACAAAGUGACAAAUGAAGUCUAGUAUUGGCUUGGAGUAAAGUAGAAUUUCAUCCCUGUUAAUCUGAACAGAUGGAAAGUAGGAAAUUUCAAUGUCUCCUGGUGUGUGUGUGUGUGUGUGUGGGGGGGGGGGGGUGGAAGCUUUUAACUCCCUAUGUCCUCCUAACUUCAUCCCCCCUCCCAAGGGACGAUGCUUUCCCCACUCUGUUAGCAAUAAAAUUCAGCACAGACCUCAGAAAGAAGUCUUAGGCACUGACCAGAGCUCGAGGGCAGCAGGCCUAGCCCGCUCCUCCCAGAUCAGAAUGGCCCCACACAGGUAGGCUGACACUCCCGGACACGUUGAUGUUUCCAGCUGACGCAGACCAUCCUUGGGGCCUGUCUGUACCUCCAGGCUGCUUCUCCUUACGUCCUGCCAACCAGCCUUCCUGCCGAAACUCCGGCCCUUCCCUCAGGCUGGCUGCUGGGCAGUGCUCUAGGCCAGUUCGCCUGCCCCAUGUGGUGCGCUUCAGAGCAGAGUGCAGUCCCCAUUACUGUAGCCUCGUCCUGCCUGUCGUGCACCCUGCCGCCCAU